CGACAUGGCGACCAAGGAGAAGGUCCUUCCCGCUGCAAGAAGCAUCUGACACGGGAAAGGUGGAGAGGGUGAUCAACUUGCUGUUGAAUAUUUUAUUAUUUUACCUCUGGGGCGAUCACGCUUGGAUUUAGCAAGAUUUCAAGCAGGGACUGAAGGACGUAUCCAGGACGUACGCGGCACGCCAUGUUGGAUCCAGAGCUGCGUGCCUCGGCGGGCCAGCGGCUGGGCGCCCCUGAGACCAUGGCCAUCAGCACGCUGGCCCCGGGCCAUAAGCCGCCCGCCAUGCCCCCUGGACGACAGGUCACCGUCAGGGUGCGCAUGCUAGAUGACACAGAGGAGCUCUUCGACAUCUCGCUUCGAGCAUCAGGCAAAGUGUUGUUUGAUCUGGUCUGCACGCAUCUCAACCUCGUGGAAGGAGACUACUUCGGCCUGGAGUUUCAGGACCAUCGGAAAAUGACGGUUUGGCUAGACCACUUAAAACCCAUCGCUAAACAGAUCAGACGGCCGAAGCAAACAGUGCUGCGGUUUGUGGUGAAGUUCUUUCCCCCGGACCAUGCCCAGCUACUGGAGGAGCUGACCAGGUACCUGUUUGCCCUGCAGAUAAAGUAUGACCUGGCCUGUGGUCGCCUCACCUGCAACGACAGCAGCGCUGCCCUGCUCGUCUCCCACAUCAUCCAGUCUGAAAUUGGGGAUUUUGAGGAGACUCAGUGCCGGCAGCACCUCCUGAACAACAGCUACAUUCCGGACCAAAUGGCCCUCAUAGACCAGAUCAUGGAGUUCCACCACAAGCAUAUUGGCCACACACCAGCAGUGUCUGACUUCCAGCUGUUGGAGGUGGCCCGCAGGUUGGAGAUGUACGGCAUCCGCCUCCACCCAGCUAAAGACCGCGAAGGCACCAAGCUCAGCCUGGGAGUAGCACACUCUGGUGUACUCAUCUUUCAGGGUCACACAAAGAUCAAUGCCUUCAAUUGGUCCAAAGUACGGAAGUUGAGUUUCAAGCGCAAACGGUUUCUCAUCAAGCUAAGGCCGGACCUGAAUCAGAGUUCAUGCCAGGACACUCUGGAGUUCCUCAUGGCCAGUCGAGACUGCUGUAAGGUCUUCUGGAAGAUAUGUGUGGAGUACCAUGCCUUCUUCCGGCUCUUUGAAGAACCCAAGGCCAAGCCCAAGCCUGUUCUCUUCAGCCGAGGGUCCUCAUUUAGAUUCAGUGGUCGAACACAGAAGCAAGUCAUUGAUUACGUGAAAGACACAGAGUUCAAAAAGAUUCCGUUUGAAAGGAAACACAGUAGAGUCCAGUACAACAGCAACCUAUCUCCACUGCCUUCACUACGUUCAGAAGUGCCAAAAGAAAGUGCAAGUUAUGGUACCCGCGAGAGGAGCCACUCCCCGACCCGGCAACACCAUUGGAAGGAACCGGCGCUGGUGAGCGCGGAGGACUCGCCCGCCCUGCGUCCGCGCCACGCCGCCGCCGCCAGCCCCUCGGCCCAGCUCAACGGGGAGCGCCAGAGAUCGGCGCCGGGCAGCGGGAGGCACCACCAGCCGUCGGCGGGCGCGGCCGAGCUCCUCAGCACAGAGCCAGGCGGGGGGGCAGGGGCGGGGGUGGUGGGGGGCAUGGUGAAUGGGCAGCGCCAUGCCAACGGGUUGGGGGGCCACCCCAGCCCAGAUGGCCGGCAGCCCUCCCCCCUCACCAGCCCGCUGCUCAACGACGCGGCCGUCCGCACUGACGAGGAGGACGAGGCCAGGAGGAAGCGGUUCCCGACGGACAAGGCUUACUUCAUCGCCAAGGAGCUGCUCACCACAGAGAGGACCUACCUGAAGGACUUGGAAGUGAUAACUGUGGCGUUUCAGAGCACGUUGGAGAGGGAAGAGGCGACGCCGGAGUCUUUGAAGAGCGUGAUCCUGUCCAAUUUCGAGCCUCUCUACAAGUUCCACACGGGCUUUCUCAGGGAGGUGGAGCAGAGACUGGCUUUGUGGGAGGGGCGCUCUAAUGCUCACAUCAAAGGAGACUACCAACGCAUCGGUGAUGUCAUGAUGAAGAACAUUCAGGGCUUAAAGGAGAUGACAUGCCACCUGCAGCAGCAGGGGGAGAUGCUGCGCGAGCUGGAGAAGGCCUGCCGGGCGUCUCGCAAGCUGGAGGGGCUGUGCCGCGACUUUGAGCUGCAGAAGGUGUGCUACGUGCCCCUCAACAUCUUCCUGCUGCGCCCGCUGCACCGCCUGCUGCACUACAAGCAGAUCCUGGAGCGCCUGUGCAAGCACUACCCCUCCGCGCACACCGACCUCACGGACUGCAGAGCGGCUCUGGCGGACGUGUCUGAGAUGGUGUCCCAGCUACACGGCAGCAUGAUCAAGACGGAAAACUACCAGAAGCUGCUGGAGCUGAGGAAAGAUUUGAUUGGCACGGACAACCUGACUGCCGCAGGAAGGGAGUUCAUAAGGUUAGGAUGUCUAAGCAAGUUGUCUGGGAAAGGCCUACAACAGCGCAUGUUUUUCCUGUUCAAUGAUGUUCUGUUGUAUACAAGUCGAGGAAUGACGGCGACAAACCAGUUUAAAGUACAUGGUCAGCUGUCGCUACGCGGCAUGACGAUACGAGAGAGUGAGGAGGAGUGGGGUGUGCCUCAUGCCUUCACAUUGGUGGGCCAGCGGCAGUCAGUGGUGGUAGCAGCAAGUUCGGUGUCUGAGAUGGAGCGGUGGAUGGAGGAUAUAACGUUGGCGGUGGAUAAGGCGGAGAUGUCCAAUGGGCCGACAUCAGCACUGUUGACCAGCAGUCAGAACGAUCACAAACCCCGUGAGGACUCGGCCCUAGAGCAGGAGUCCGAGGAUGACCUGAGCGCCUCGCGGACGUCCCUGGAGCGCAAGGCGGCGCCGCCGCACCGUGCCAACACCAUGGUGCACGUGUGCUGGCACCGCAACACCAGCGUGUCCAUGCUGGACUAUAACAUGGCUGUGGAGAAUCAGUUGUCCGGAAAUCUAUUGAGGAAGUUCAAGAACAGUAAUGGCUGGCAGAAGCUGUGGGUGGUCUUCACAAACUUCAGCCUGUUCUUCUAUAAAAGCCAUCAGGAUGACUACCCCCUGGCCAGCCUCCCUCUGCUGGGCUACUCGGUCACCAUCCCCACAGACCUGGAGAACAUCCAUAAAGACUACGUCUUCAAACUGCACUUCAAGUCGCACGUGUACUACUUCAGAUCAGAGAGUGAAUACAGCUUUGAGAGGUGGAUGGAGGUGAUCCAGAGUGCCACUGUGUCUGGUGGUCAUGGUGGUGGUACUUUGGGACGUAAGGACGCUCACUGACCCAGAGAGAGAGUCAUGAGGAUCAGCCCCACACCCCCACCCCCACCCGCCUCCUCUGCUCCAGUCUGCCCACACCAGCUCCCUGUAUGCAGCCAUGGGCAACCUGAAGUUGAGCCCCGUUUCUCAAAAGCAUCAUUGCUAAUCAGUUAGCAACUUACUAGGUUUCCAAUGGGAAAUAAAUAGCAUUGCAACCAAAUAAGUUGCUAACUUAGUUGAGAAACGCGCCCGUGGAUAAAUUAGUUUACAAUAAUAAUGCAGUGCCACAUAUUCCAAAUUGCCUGCUUUACCAGCUAAAAUCACCUGGUUGAAUUGGACAGGUUAAAUCUAGGUCAUUUGGGAAAUGUGGCACUGGAUUGCAACUAAUGAAUCCAGGUUGCCCGCCGCUGCCUGUGUGAGUGAGUGUCUCUGAUCCUGCCAUAUCGACACGGGGCCAACUCCCAACUCUUCUGCAACUUACUGCUUUUAUUCACUUCAGUUCCUAAAGCAAGACUUUCUAGUCAUGGUCCAAUUAUUUUUCAUUAAUGUACAGCAUAAGUAGAUUACACACACUCUGUCUUGUAAACACACACGUAAAGUAAACACACACGCACACACGCACACACACACACAUACAAAACACAAGCCCGGAUGCAUGUACAUGAACACUAUACAUACGUUACACACAGGCUGUGAGACAUUCUUACCAUGUGUGCAUGCAGAUCCUUGGUGCUUUUUUAAAAUGGUGCCAUGUCGCUGGUUUAGACAGCAUCAGACACAGCGUUGCUUUUCCUGCAUUUUUACAGGCCUUCCCAGCCUUUUAUAGGGUCCCAUUUUAUACUAUUUUUAAUGGUUUAUGCAAGUUUCUUGUUUUUGCCUUUCUGUCAUUGAUUGUUUUACUAUGGAAAGCAGCCGUCAAUAAGAGUUCUGUCAUUUUUAGGACUAUUUUUUUCAUAGGGAUCUAGCUAGUUGUCAUUGCUACUACAUCACACCACACAACUUUUUGAUGGUUUUGAUGUUCCUGUUAAAUAACAAUAGCUGCUUUGGAGUCCAACAGCUCAAGUGCCAAACUGUUCUGCCGUGUGGUCUUUGUAAUUCAUUUUUUUUAAAACAUGGAGGGCACCGACAGCCUACAUUUAUGUUUGGAAAAGCAGACUUUUGACACAAAUCAUGCUGUAGCCAUUUUUUGAGACAAGUAUUUAUAGGAAAAGAAAUAUCCACAAAAGAUUUUUAAAAAACUAAUUUGACACGGUACCAUUAACUUACGUAAAACUAUUGUUAGGGAAAUUUUUAUUUUUUCAAAACUGAAAAUGUGUUUUAAUUUAUAUUUAGUUUAUACAUCAUGGCUUUCAUCUGAACUAUAUAUUUAAAAGAUUUUAUCUCCUAAACUGAUCUAACUAAUUGUGUAUAUUCGCCACAGGUCAACCAGAAAGUUUAUAAAAGUUUGACACUGUAGGCAUUACCUUUAAGAAAAAAAAACACAUUUAUAUAAAAUUCCUGGACAGAAUUGAUAUGAAGCUUUAAAAUGUAUAGAAAACAUGACAUUUAAUUUAGUUUGAUAUACAGUAAACUAUGAAUCCCCCAGUAUACAAAACUGCCUCUAAUGUGUUAAAGUCUCUCCUGUGAAAAUGCAAUGGAUGGGAUAAGACUGUGAAUAGGACAAUUGUGUGGAUGUCUGUGUUGACAGUGAAAGGGAAGCUAAUGCUUCUUCAAGAGAGCCCAAUGGAGAUGAAAGCAAUAAAAAUCUCAUCUGAACCU